UGCCGAGCCAUGGGCUGCUCCAGCAGCGCCCGCAGCCGCCCCCAGGAGCCCCCCAGCAGCAGCGGGGCGCCGACGAGGGCAUCAUCGGGGGAGAACUCCCCGAUUGCUGAUGAUUACCAAACCGUAGCUGACCAAACACAGCUGGAUGCAGUGGAGGGUGUGAGCCUGGCCUCUGAGGAGCUGAAAUUGGGCGACCACCUGCCAGGGGAAGAGGCCACAGCCGUGACUCCCGCCUUGGAGCCAAAGAUUGACUUGAUCCCUGAGAGAGAGGAGCCGGAGGGUACUGAGCCGCCGCGUGUAGCGCCGGAGCAGAGCUCGGAGCUGCCAUCUGUGUGGCGAGAGGAAAGCAGUGGGAUUUCACCGCCAGCACUGAGGGACGGUGGUGGGCCACCAGCACCACGACCGGCAGGUGACAGUGCGCUGGUGGAAGGCACUGACAGCGUUGUGGUGGAAACCAUCAAGAAUGUGCAUAUUGCUGAAGAGGACCACUUCAUUGAGGGUGAGACGGGAGAACAGGUGGAAACUGAGCUGCUCAGUCAGAUAGUAAGUGGAGGGCCUGAAACAAAAGAAGAGGAAACAGGAGAAGUGGAUGGCGCAGCAGCGACAGAGAUAGAGACAACUAGUAACAAAGACUAGAAGCUGCAUCUGUAUGAACAUCCUCUUGUUGGGCCGGCCCUUCUGUCCACAUGAAAGUUUUUUAAUUUCGCUGCGUUGGGAAAAUAGAGCUUUUUAUGGAUGGAGCCACGAACCAGAAUAAGAAGCAUCAAAGGAGGUUUUAUGUAUGUUUUUGAAGUCAAGCUGCCAAGACUUCAAGUGUUUGAAAUACCUGACCUGGUACCUCCCUGCCACAGAGUGCCUUCCGUACAUCGCCAGCACUGUGGGGUGAUUCUGACAGACGUAUAACCAUCCAGUUUUCAAUUAGGAGUCUUUCCAGGUUGUAACUUCAAACCUCUGAAACCUUCAGCGUUACAUAGGAUAAAGAAUAUAGUGUAGACUGGUUUUAGUUUUAUUUUAAUGGUAGCAUAAGCAGAAAGUCAGAAAGGGAAGUCCUACUUCUGAGAACUCCUGCACGUGCAGGUAACCCCUCCGACUGCCUGCACAACCAGGUUAUGGAGCUGCUGCAGCGAGCUGCACUCAGAGGAGUGGAACCCUAACUGCCAAUUUGCUGGGUGUAACUGAAUGCAAAGGUUAGUUUUUCAGGCAGUGAAAGAUACACAGAUUGCAAUGUACAGUAACCAAGUAGGUGCCUUCUGCUAACUCCAUUUUUAAACAUAUUUACUGAAAGGAGGAGAAAAAAAAAAAAAAAAAAGGCAUUUUUAACCAGGAGUAGAAUGUUUUAGUCUUCUGAAGUCUGGCACACUUAAAAUACAAAUCCACAGUUGUUAGCAUGCAUGGUGAUUAAUAGGGCAUCUUUAGCUAUGUAGCUCCUUACAUACCCUCACAGCUGCUAAAACAGAUACCUAACCAGUGACGUAUGUAAGCCUGUUCCCAUAGGAGAGGUCAUUGUUCCAUCCCCUGUUUCUCCAGGAGAAACAUGCAUUCAGGAAUGGUGUUGCGUUCCAGAAUGCUAAGGAAGUAUUUCAGAGCUGAAGCUGAAUGACAAAACCUUCAAACAGAAUGUAUGUUGAAAGAAAACCCCCAAUAUAAUUGGUCUUAUGGAUCUGAUAGAGUAGAACUUCCAUGUGAUGGUGAGUGAUGCAAAGGGACUCUAUUUUUAUUGGAGACUGUUUGGAAGACCCUCUGGUGUAAGGAAGUAGAACACGAAGGAAAGGUCAAGCAUCUCAGAAGGGAAAAGGUUGCUAUUUUCAUUAGCUUUACUGUACAAAUGGUCUUCAACAAAUGUUACUGUCAGCAGCAAAUUAUCAAAAUCCCCUCUAAGCUAAAUUUUGUGCUGCAUAUGCACGCCUGACUUCAGCUGACUUUGGCCUUAUUAAAUAUUUUAAUUGAUAUCCUUGGCCUACCAGCUUUUUCUCCUUUAGCUGAUGUUCCUUAGCUGUAGCGCUGCACUUAAGGUUUUCUGCCAGUCAGCAAUCUUUUCAGACUGGGCUGCGUUCUGUAUGCUGGGGAUUUGGUUUCACUACCAGCACCUGAGCUGGCACCACCCAAAUGUAGGGAGUCUGCUGUGCUGACUGCUUGCAAGUUACAUGUUAGAUCCAGAGAUGCAGUUUGACUCGAUAUAUUGAAAGAUUUAAAAACAGAACUGAUGGCAUUUCUGUAAAGACCAGCAGCAUUAACAGCACCAGCAGAGACAGCGUUUGGAAAUAAAAUAGGAAGAUACAAGAGAGUCAAGAUAAACUGUUCACCUCAGAAUCACUCUCACUGCCACUGUUGUUACAAGGAAGACAGGUGACAGUAUACACUCCUACCUCCUUAUUCUGCUUUUUCAGUCAUUAGAAGCAAUGCUAAUUGGAAACAAGAGGAAGGUUACCCGACCAGUGACUCAGCAGGUCAGCCUUUCUCUGUCAUCGUCAGUCUUUAUGUAUCUUGUAAUGCUUGGCACUGUGCUGAACAUGAAAUGUUAAUUGUAUUAAUUACAAAAUCAGAAUUCAGAUGCUAGACUUAUGCUGAACAUCCCUCUUUUGAGAAAUAAGACAGUAUCCCGCUGAGGCCUAGUAUUUAUGGUCUCUAAGCUACUAAAAUGUGUACCAUGCAUAAAGGGCCAAAAUGCAUGCAGUUAUUUGUUUCUGCAAACCUCUGCACAUCACAGAGAUUGCCAAGGGCAGAAAUUGGUCUGUGGAUCAAACAGCUUGCUCAGCUUGAAUGCUCAGAAGAGGAUAUGCUCUGGUACCUGUUUACAAGAUAUACCUGCAGAGCUAGUACAAUGUACCUUAGCAUUUAUUUUAAACAUCACCAAAAUAAAAAGGCAUAAGUGUGUAUCGAAAGCUAGACAAUCUUAAAUCUCAAACUUCAUCCAAGCUAGCACUUACCAUUCUGUGCUACAGUAAGUGUUGAAUAGAAUCAUAGAAUGGCCUGGGUUGAAAAGGACCACAAAGAUCAUCCAGAUUCAACCCCCUGCUACGUGCAG